AUGUUAAAAUCUAAAACCUUUGUUAAGAAGACGCGCUCUGGUGGAGUGUUGAAGAUUGUACGGGAACAUUACUUAAGAGAUGAUAUUUGGUGUGGAAGUGAAGUUUGUUCCGAGUGUAAAGAAGAAGCUCCAGUCCUGCAAAAGGAUCCCUGCAUGGAGAGCAACCUGUGCACCUAUCCUCACUACCUCAUCCCUGAUACUAAUGUAGUCCUACAUCAGAUUGAUAUUCUGGAAGACCCCUUGAUAAGGAACAUGAUCAUCUUGCAGACCGUCUUACAGGAGGUCAGACACAGGAGUGCCCCGGUGUACAAGCGGAUCAAGGAUGCAAUUCAUGACAAGGAGAAACAUUUCUUUACAUUCACCAAUGAACAUCACAGGGAGACGUUUGUUGAGCGGGAGCAGGGAGAAAGUGCCAACGACCGUAAUGACCGAGCUAUUCGUGUGGCGGCUAAAUGGUACAUGGAGCACCUGAGCAAAUCACAACAUGCCACAGAGCUGAAAGUGGUGCUGAUUACCAACGACCGGGCAAACAAGGAGAAGGCCGAGCAGAACGGCGUGCUGGCUUACAGAUGUGAGGAGUAUAUUAAAAGCCUGGUUGGCAAUCCUGAGCUCGUAGACAGACUGGCGUUGACCUCUGAUGAUCAGAAUGAGAUCACUGGCAGUAAGCUCCUCUUCCCUGAGCAUCUGCCUCUGUCCAAGAUUCAGGCUGGCAUCAAGAGUGGCACCUUCCUGCAGGGGACGUUUCGCGCCAACAGCGAUAAUUACCUAGAGGCCACCGUCUUUGUCCAUGGAGAAGGAGACAAGAGCACGGAGGUUCUACUCCAGGGCUUGCAGAACCUGAACCGGGCCGUGCACCAGGAUAUAGUGGCUGUGGAGAUCUUCCCUAAGGAGCGCUGGGUCGCGCCGUCUUCUGUGGUGCUGCAGGAUGACCGGCCUAACGAUGAAGAUACCGAGGAAGAGGAGGAAGAGAAGAAGUUGUCGACUCCCGCGCUGGAAACAGCUGUGCUGAAACCCACAGGCCGAGUGGUGGGGAUCAUCAAGAGGAACUGGCGGCCCUUCUGUGGGAUGCUUAACCAGUCACAUAUUAAAGAGGCCACCAGGCACCUUUUUACUCCAGCUGACAGGAGAAUCCCGCGGAUCCGUAUCGAGACUCGCCAGGCGUCCACGCUGGUGGGACAGAGGAUCAUCGUGGCGAUUGAUGGCUGGCCGAAAAAUUCCAGAUACCCUAAUGGUCACUUUGUGAGAAACCUGGGAGAAGCAGGGGAUAAGGACACGGAGCAGGAGGUUCUGCUCUUAGAACAUGACGUUCAACACCAGCCCUUCUCUCAGGCGGUGCUUAGCUUUCUACCCAAAAUGCCCUGGGGUAUUACAGAGGAGGAUUUGAAACUCCGGGCCGAUCUGAGACACCUGUGUGUGUGCAGUGUCGACCCUCCAGGCUGCACGGACAUCGAUGAUGCUUUACACUGUAGAGACCUGGAGAAUGGAAACCUGGAGGUUGGCGUUCAUAUAGCAGAUGUGAGCCAUUUCAUUCGGCCAGGAAAUGCUUUAGACCUGGAGGCGGCCAACAGAGGCACCACAGUCUACCUGUGUGGAAAGAGAAUUGACAUGGUUCCUGAACUUCUGAGCUCUAAUCUUUGUUCUCUGCGCUCCAAUGUGGAAAGGCUAGCGUUUUCCUGUAUCUGGGAGAUGAACCACAAUGCCGAAAUUAUAAAUACUCGCUUCACCAAGAGUAUCAUAAAUUCCAAGGCUUCUCUGACCUACGCUGAAGCUCAGAUGAGAAUCGAUGAUGCUAACAUGAACGAUGACAUCACCAAGAGUCUCCGGGGUCUGAACAAGCUGGCAAAGAUUCUAAAGCAGCGGCGAAUUGACAAAGGGGCUUUGACACUCUCCUCUCCUGAAGUGCGUUUUCACAUGGACAGCGAGACUCACGACCCAAUAGACCUCCAAACCAAAGAACUGAAGGAAACUAACUCCAUGGUGGAGGAGUUCAUGUUGCUAGCGAACAUCUCUGUAGCCCAGAAGAUCUAUGAGGAGUUCUCAGAGUGUGCUCUGCUCCGAAAACACCCAGCACCUCCUCCCUCCAACUAUGACAUCCUUAUUAAGGCUACCAAGUCCAAGGAACUGGAGAUCAGGACAGAUUCAGCGAAAGCUCUGGCGGACUCCUUAAACGACGCCACCCUGGAUAAUUUCCCUUAUUUUAACACACUGCUGAGAAUCUUGGCUACUCGCUGCAUGAUGCAGGCGGUCUACUUCUGCUCAGGCAUGGACAGUGAUUUCCACCACUACGGGCUAGCGUCACCUAUCUACACCCACUUCACCUCACCCAUCAGGAGGUACUCUGAUAUCAUAGUGCACAGAUUGUUGGCAGUGGCCAUCCACGCAGACAGCACCUACCCUGACCUGAUGGACAAACACAAGCAAUCUGCCCUGUGCAACAACCUAAACUACAGACACAAGAUGGCACAGUAUGCCCAAAGAGCAUCGGUGGCCUUCCAUACACAGCUGUUCUUCAAGAACAAAGGCAUCCUGAAUGAAGAAGGAUUUAUCCUGUUCGUGAGAAAGAACGCCAUUAUCAUCCUCAUCCCAAAGUUUGGUCUGGAGGGCACGGUGUUCUUCGAGAGAAAGGACAAACCCGGACCACGGCUCAGCUUUGACUCUGAGGGCCCCGCCUUGGAGGUGGAGGGUCAGCACACCUUCCAUGUCUUCGACAAGGUAAAAGUGACCAUCAGUCUGGACGCCUCCAACAUCCAGCACCAGAAAAUCAGGAUGGCCCUGUUAGAGCCAGUGAUCCCGGGUGUCAGUGUUACUCUACCAGAAAAGGAACCAGAGGCCAAGAAACCCAAACUGGAUCGUUGAUACCACUGAUUGCCUUACAGUGCUGCCAUCUUUGUGUAGUUUCUUUUCAUUUUAUUUUAUUAAUCAUUUUAAGUACAUGUAUGUAUCCUGCUGCUCUGCCUGCUACAGUCGAUACAGAGUCCUGUGUGGUGAAACUGGUGAGAUUGAGGUCCUGUGUGAGUUUUAAACCUGUUAACUGAAAGGGUUUGGAUGUCUGCAAGUAGUGUUCUCAAGUGCACAGAAUAUUUUUGCAAUUUUAUCAUUUUUUUAAUUGUAAGAGACCCCACAUAAGACAACUGAUUUCACUUAUUUUGUUUGAUUAUUUUAGGGUAUCAAGAUUUAUACAAAAACCACACUCAUGAGGUUAUGCCUAUGAACCAGAGCUUUGGUUGACCUUGGGACUCUGGGAUUCACAUUCUCAUGUAAAUGUACACACUUUUGGCAGUUGUAACCUAGUUGUUAAGGUUUCGAACUAGUUAUCAAAAGGUCGCUGGUUUAAGCCACACCACAGCCAAGAUGCCACUGUUGGGCCCUUAACCUUCAAUUGCUUGGACAAUAUAUACUGGCGGCACGGUGGCUAAGUGGGUAGCACUCGCCUCACAGCAUGAAGGUCCAGGGUUCGAACCCCCAGGUGGGGCGGUCCGGGUCCUUUCUGUGUGGAGUUUGCAUGUUCUCCCCGUGUCCGUGUGGGUUUCCUCCGGGUGCUCCGGUUUCCUCCCACAGUCCAAAGACAUGCAAGUGAGGUGAAUUGGAGAUAGUAAAUUGUCCAUGACUGUGUUUGAUAUAACCUCGUGAACUGAUGAACCUUGUGUAAUGAGUAACUACCGUUCUUGUCAUGAAUGUAACCAUAGUGUAAAACAUGACGUUAAAAUUCUAAUAAACAAACAAAUAUAUACACUGUCAGAGUACUGUAAGUCGCUUUGGAUAAAAGGGUCUGCUAAAUACCAACAUUUCGGAUAUAAAUAUACAAGGCAAGCAAUACUUGCAUAUUCAACCAUUUAAUAAUACUAUAGAUUUGCCUAUUUUUGUGAAUAUUGUUCAAGCUUGACUGUCAUUCUUAAUUAUUGGUCCUUCAAGAUUGUAUAUUUACACAAGAUAGUCUGCACCCCCACCCCCACUGCUUGUUUUUAAGUAAUACUAGUUAAAGGAUUAAUAGUUACACAUUUGUACUGGACCAGCUUUUGGGUAGAUUUAGGGGGUUAAGAUUGGACUAUACACAUAUUAAAAAAUCACAAUUAAAUAAACCAGCCUAAGAUCAAGACACUAUUUGCAACUGUCAGAAUAGGUUGGGAUGACCAUCAAUAACUCAAUUUUUUUUGUGUUCCACUGCUGAUAGAUGCCAGAUUGUAUUCGAGGAGAGCACGUCGCUGUACACGCCUCUUUAGACACGUGCACAGCCCUCUUCUCGCCAAUGCAUUCUGCACAGGCAUCUCUUCCGCCGAUCAGGGUCCUUACACAGCGUAUGAAGACCCACCCACCCAUAUAUAGUCCGACCCCCACCCUGCAGAUACGGUAGCCAAUUGGUAUCUGCUGCAGGCACUGCCAGUUAUGCCCGCUAGAUGGCACCCAGAAGACCGGUGGCAACGCCGAGUUUCGGACCGGGGAGUUCAGAAACUCGGUGCUGGUGUGCAAGCGGAAUAUCCCGCUGCGCCACCUGGGCGCCGACCAUCAAUAACUCUUAAUUGGAAAUCACUAAGACGUGCAUGUACGAACCUAGCCUGAGUUAUCUAGUAGCAAAAACAUGGUGAUGUGUAUUUACUGGAUAAAAUAUUGUAUAUUAUACUUGAUUAGGGUCUCAGGCAUGUGCUGUUUUCAGUUUUCGUCACAUCUGGAUAGGAUUUUGAUUUUAAUUCUGUUGUGGACAUUUUGAUCUUGCUCUUUUUUUAAUUAUUGUCCUGAUCUAGCAUCAGUUAACACCUUAAUCCAUUGACAAAAUUUUCCCACAAUAACAGCAAAUCAUCGACGCAAUCACACUACUGCCACCAUGUCUGAUGGAAACAUUUGGACAUGACUAUAUAACCAAUUCUAUGCUGACAUUAGUCAAUGCUGACAAAGAGUAUUUACUGUCCUUUAUAGAAUGUAAUAUUUAUUUAUUUAUUAGGAUUUUACCGUCAUGUUUUACACUUUGCUUACAUUCAUGACAGAACAGGUAGUUACUCGUUACACAAGAUUCAUCAGUUCACAAUUCGCUGUCAAACACUGUCAUGGACAAUUUUGUAUCUCCAAUUCAUCUCACUUGCAUGUCUUUGGAGUGUGGGAGGUAACGGGAGCACCCUAAUUGAAGCUGAAAUGACAAAAAGUAUGAUUUUUAUAAUUUUAUUAAUAUAUAACAAUUCUGUUUAACAGCGUUCGCUUAUUGUGAUAAAAACGUUAUAGAAUUCAUCUUUCAAUUCAAUUUUUUCCCAUUAAAUUCAGAUUCUAAAA